UUCAGAUGAAAUCUUCCCCUCCUUGAGAAUGGAUCACGCUUUCCUGACCCGGUCAAUUUCCAGUGACGCUAAAUUCCUGCAGCAUCCAACAGAUAUGAACACCGGCGUCGUUGUGACGCGCUGCAUCCCUGCUGGGACGUGCUUUGGACCGUGCCUGCUUCAAAACACUUUCUACGAAACCAUCGCCUUUAUAGCUCAGAAAUGCAGCGACAAGACAGCAAAGUCAUUCAUGUUCAGGGUCGAUCCAGAGGCAAUGCGAAAUUCAACCCUGGUCCUCUCCUGGCUGAGGCUGGUGCAGGCUGCGCGCAACGGAGAGGAGCAGAACGCAGAGGCCUUUCUGAAAGCGGGUCAGGUGUAUGUGCGGGCUACGCGGGACAUCCAGCCUGAAGAGGAGUUGUUGGUGUGGUAUGACCGAGAGCUGUCUCACCUGCUGGGAUUUACAGACAUGAUAAAAGGACUCAACGGAGAAUUUAAAUGCGGGAGAUGCAACCAGAUCUUCAAAAACCAGAAUCCUUUCGUGGCUCACUGCAGAUUUCUGUGCAGCCAAUUGAAGAGUGACAUCUGGAGCCACGACGCCGAUGAGCACAAGUACGUGGACACCAAGAGGCCUCACCAGGUGACGGAUUUCCACAACAUCGCCAGAGACCUGGAGCAGAAAAAGGCCGAGGAGGUGGAGAUUCCUUCCAAAAAGAGAAAAGGGGAAAACACCACAGUCGCCAGAUUGCGAAAAACGGUUCUGUUAGAGAAAACAAACAUUUCGAAUGACGAAAAUGUCGCUCAGCUGAGCAAAAACUGCCACCAGGCUGCAGGUGACCUGUCCUCUGCUUCCGAGAAACUGAAAGCUGACAGGGUCAAAGCAGUUCGUGCGCCACGGGGGAGGGCUGAUUCAGCUGAGGCUGAGGAAGACAGGGCAGACAUUAUGCCAAAAAAAAGGGUCGACACAUGUUCGGAGGCAGGGGAGGGAUCUGGUGUGCUUUCAAGCGGCUUGAGCGCGUUUUCCCUUGUUCUUUCGGGCAGCCAUGGGGAGCAGAAAAGCGCUUUUUGCAAACCCAGUAAAAGGAGCGCUCCAGUGGAGCAGCAGGUCCAUCUGAGCAGCGCUCCUACAGCCCCCUCUAGCCGCCUGGAUGAGAUCACUGAUGCUUUCACCAACAGGACUAUUCUGGGAUACAACAAUAUGAUGGCAUCCAGCAUCCUGGCCGACGACCUGCAGACUCUGGCAUCUCCUAUUCCAUUAGGCAACGCUUUCCAUUACGCGCCGGAGCUCUGGUCCAGAAACCUUGGCGCACAGCUGCAAACCACAUCCACCCUCACAGUUCUGCCGCCAACUUUCACCUCUUCAUUCGGUGUGUCGGUGCAGAACUGGUGCGCCAAAUGCAACCUGUCCUUCCGCAUGACCUCGGAUCUGGUGUUCCACAUGCGCUCUCACCACAAAAAGGAGUUCGCGGCAGAGUCUCAGGUGAGGCGGAGGAGGGAGGAGAAACUGACCUGCCCGAUUUGUCACGAAUACUUCAGAGAGAGACACCACUUGUCAAGACACAUGACUUCUCACAAUUAGAGAAAUGUUUUUAUUUAAACUGGAAGACUUUCUUGUUUAUAGUGAAUGUAGGCAAUUGAACACUCGCCCCAUCAUAAUGUGUCCAGUAGAUGGCAGCAGAGGGGCGCGUCUAUCUUGCUUUGUGUUCUAAGAAGAGUUUAAUUGAUUACUUUGUGCCUUAUUGGAUUCAGGAGGCUUUCUGAUCCUCAGAAAUGCUGAUGAUUGUUACAUAUGUCUCAUCGCAGUUUGUAUUUAUUUAUCAGCUUUUUCUUUUAUGGGUUGGUGGGAUUGUACAUGAGCUGUUGUCUGAAUUAUUUAGAAAUCUAAUGUUAUAAAAUAUUGCCACAAAAAAGA